UUUGUCCAACUCGACAAUUGAGACACAAAGCGUCACGAAGAAUCGACAAUCUCAGGAAGAAAAGACUAAUUCAAGCUUUCAAGAUGUGGAUGAAGACUCCUUUCUUCGUAAUCUUGAUCAUAAGUAUUAUUGCAACACCUAGCUUUACUCAGGCGAAAGACGAAGACCACAUUCUUCGUGAUCGUGCUCCGUUCUACCAAGAUUUUACCAAUGAUGCAGGCGGUCGUCCAGGCAGUGGAGGUGGUGGCUCAUUUGGUGGAGGUGGUGGAGGUGGAGGAGGUGGUAGCAGCGGCGGUCGUCCAGGCAGGUGAUGUGGCGGCUCAUUU